AUGUUUAGAUCUACAAUUGCUCUACCUUCUUUCUUCAUUGUUCUCAUUUUGGCGUUGGUCAAUUUAGUGUAUGCAUCUUCCAGUUAUGCCCCGGUGGCUAUCACUCUGCCAGCAUUCAGCAAGGAAUGUCUAUACUACGACAUGCUCACUGAAGAUGAUGCUCUCGCCGUCGGUUACCAAGUUCUAACCGGUGGUAAUUUUGAGAUUGAUUUCGAUAUUACUGCUCCUGAUGGAGGUGCGAUUACUAGCGAAAGGCAAAAGAAAUACUCUGAUUUCUUGGUGAAAUCAUUCGGAGUAGGAAAGUACACCUUUUGUUUUGCCAAUAACUAUGGUACGGCUUUGAAAAAAGUGGAGAUUACACUAGAAAAGGAGAAGACUUUGACUGACGAACCCGAAGUUGAAGUUAACACUGACGACAUUAUUGCCGACAACGCCAUCGAAGAAAUCGAUAGAAACCUGAAAAGAAUCACUAAGGCCUUGGACUACUUGAGAGCUAGGGAAUGGAGAAACAUGUCGACUGUCAACUCGACCGGAUCAAGAUUGGCUUGGUUAUCUAUUUUAGUCAUGAUAAUCAUUGCCGUUAUAAGUAUCGCCCAAGUCCUACUUAUCCAAUUCCUCUUCACCGGUCGUCAAAAGAAUUACGUCUGA